CUAUUUCACAUAACUGAAAGAAAUAUAUAAUGAAUUCCUUGGCGCUUUUGGGCACUAUACUUUUGACAGCUUCGAGCCUGUCAAAUCCGCUCGAUGGUGAGACCAGAGCUUCCUGUACCCUUGAAGGAGAAUCAAUUAGUGACCUAAGUUCUAUCAAACAGUCGUGUACAAGUAUCACCAUUCGGGACUUGAACGUUCCAGCCGGUCAAACAUUAGAUUUAACUGGACUGAAAUCUGGAACAACUGUUACCUUCAGUGGAACAAUCAAUUUCGGUGUAAAAGAAUGGGAUGGUCCUCUAAUCGCUGUUAGUGGAUCGCAAAUUACAGUAAAUGGAGCAUCCGGAAAUAGAAUUAAUGGUGGUGGCCCCUCAUACUGGGAUGGACAAGGAGGAAAUGGUGGAAUAGAUAAACCUAGAUUUUUCAGAGCAGCAAGACUCGAUCACUCCGUUAUUAGGAACAUUAACAUUUACGACUCCCCAGUGCAUGUCUUCUCAAUUAAUAGAUGCCAAAACUUAACAGUAGAUAAUGUCCUCAUUGACGACUCCAAAGGUGAUUCUGGCGGUGGUCAUAACACUGACGGAUUCGAUGUUGGCCGCUCUUCCCAAAUUACAAUCAAGAACACUAGGGUUUACAACCAAGAUGACUGUCUCGCCGUCAACUCUGGAACCGACAUUUUAUUUGAAAACAAUUACUGCAGCGGAGGACAUGGUAUAUCGAUUGGAUCCGUAGGAGGCCGUGACGACAAUGUCGUAAGGAAUGUUGUCGUUAGGAAUUGCGAAGUUGCCAACUCUGACAAUGGCAUCAGAAUUAAAACCGUUUAUGGAGCGACAGGAUCAGUUAGUGAUAUCACCUUCCAAGACAUCACCCUUACCAACAUCACUAGAUAUGGUAUCACCGUUCGUGGUGAUUACACCAACAGUGGAAGUAGAGGAAAUGCAACUGAUGGUGUUCCAAUCAGGAAUUUGGUCGUUAGAAAUGUUCGUGGUACGAUAAGAUCUGGAGGGACCAGGGUUAUGGUUUUGGUUAAAGGAGCAUCAGAAUGGAGAUGGUCUGGUGUGAGUCUUAGUGGUGGAAGAUCAACAAAUGAUUGUUCUGGAAUACCAAGUGGUUCUGGAGCGCAGUGUUGAGUAAUACAGUUAAUGUUACAUCUAUAACCUACUGUUAUACUGUUUUCACGUUAAAAAUUCUUAUUGAAGUUACUUAGUUAGCAUUAGCUACCCCAAUUUUACUAUCGGAAAAUAUUCACUCUGCUUUUGGUUAUUAUUUACUUGAGUGUUCACGUUCAGUGUACCAGUUCGAUGACUAAUAGUUAGUAGUUGUAAUUUGUAUAUUGAUAUAACUGUGACCCCUCCGCUCUAACAAUUUUCCAAAAAAAUGUCAUAUUUCCAUCCGUCAGAAGGUGACCGCUAUGCUCAGGAUUAGGUUUACAGGGAUACUUUAGAUUUAGACCUGUUUUAGAAUUAUUAUUUAUUAUUGUUGCUUGAUACAGUUUGUUUCUAUUAUAAAAAAUUGAAUUAA